AUGCCCGAAGUGGGUCGAUUGUUGGUGACGUUGAAAUCUCGUUAUCAAAAUGACGACAGAGAAGGCAUUGGUUUGGGACUCAACACAACCCCUGCAAUCGUUGUGUGUAUUGCUAUUCAGGCGGUGCAGUCGACACCCAUAACCAAUACAAACGCCUACAUAAGUGCCGCCAUUUCGAGACUAAGGUUUGCUUACGUUAUGAGGAGCAACAGAUGGCACGUAUGGUCGGCACCAACUGUUACGCUGAGGUCUGAGGUCCGCAAGUCAUACCCGGCCUAUGAGGUGACUAUCGGCGAGACAGCCUAUGCUGUGACCGAUUAUGACCAGAGUUUUGAGAACCACUGA